AUGGGUUCUGUGAAAGACAAGCCAAACUUUGAGCAUAUCGAAGCUGUUGCUUCAGAUAGCGGAGAAUCGCAACCAGAUUUCUCUGAUAUUGACGAGAAAAAGCUAUUGCGUAAGAUUGAUUUACGUCUCGUUCCACUUUUUACUGUUUUAUACCUUUUGUCCUUCUUGGACAGAGGUAACAUUGGAAAUGCAAAAAUUGAAGGAUUGGCUGAGGAUUUGAAUCUCCACGGCCACCAAUACAAUUUAUGCUUAACAAUUUUUUUCAUUUUCUAUGCUUCGAUGGAGAUUCCUUGCAAUGUAAUCCUAAGACAUGUGAAGCCAAAAGUGUUCAUUCCCUUGACAAUGGUGCUUUGGUCUAUCGUUAUGACUCUCAUGGGCACUGUGAACAACUUCCACCAACUUUUGGCAACAAGGGCUCUUCUUGGAAUCUUCGAGGCAGCUCUUUUUCCAGGAAUCUCUUAUAUCUUGUCGAUUUACUACAAGAAAAACGAAGUGUUGGUCCGCGAAGCCAUUUUCUUCUCUGCUGCUUCAAUGGCAGGUGCUUUUAGUGGCUUAUUGGCAGCUGGAAUCUCACAAAUGGAUGGUGUAGGUGGCUAUGAGGGAUGGAGAUGGAUCUUUAUCUUGGAGGGUUUACUUACCUUGGUUUUCUCUAUUGUUGCCUACUUCUAUUUCCCCUUGUACCCAAGUGAGUGUACUUUCUUAACCCCAAGAGAGCGUGAGUUUGUUACUUACAAGGUGAAGUACUCUUCCAACUCCGACGGCCUGAACUUGAAGAAGUCUGCCCACGAAGCCCCUGCGCCUGCAAAUUUGGGCGAAGACGACUCCAAUAGCAGGGAGUAUGUUUGGGCUGUUUUCAAGGACUGGCAAUCUUGGUGUAUGCUCAUGGUCUACUACGGAGUAUGUGUACCACUCUACGGCAUUUCACUUUUUGCACCAACUAUCGUCAAAAGCUUGGGUUAUGCCUCCACAAAAGCACAGUUAAUGACUGCACCAAUUUAUAUUGUGGCUGCCAUUUUCAGUAUCUUACAGGCAAUAGCCAGUGAUAAGGUAGGUUUGAGAUCGCCGUUCUUGCUAUUCAACUAUACUUGUAUGGCUAUUGGGUACAUUAUUUGUAUCACGCUCAAUCCAAAGGAACUGCCCAAUGCACUUUAUGGAGCACUUUACAUAACUGCACUUGGAAUAUACCCAGCAUUUCCUCUUGUGGUCAUCUGGUUCUCAAACAAUUUGUCCGGUGCCUACAAGAGAGCAGUCGGAAUGGCUUUCCAAAUUGGUAUUGGAAACUUUUCUGGAGCGUUCGCUUCUAAUUUCUACAGAACUGAAGAUCUGCCUCGAUUCAUCUUGGGUCAUUCAUUGGAGCUUGGUUUCAUCAGUAUGGGUAUUAUUUUCUUAUUGAUCACCAUCUUUGGUUACAAAUAUUCCAAUGCAAAGAGAAAGAGGGACGUGGCUGCUGGCAAAUAUGACUCUCACACUGAAGAAGAACUUCGAAAAAUGGGAGAUAAGAGUCCUUACUUCUUGUAUCGUCUCUAA